UCCUUGGUUUAUACAGAAAAGGUCAAGAGCUAUCCAAUCUACUGGUAUUGCGAAGAAUUUAGUAAACAUCCUGUAUCAAAUGAAUAGAGAUAACAAAAUAAAUAUUUAAAGAAAACCUGCAUAUGGUUACAGAGAGGACGUUGUUUCUAAAUUUUGAUAAAUUAUUUAUAUGAAAUAUGAAGUCGUUUUUAAAAACAAUAUACCUUUUUUCAAUUUUUUGUAUGAGCUUGGUACUGGCGAGUAAUUUACGGACUUCAAAACAAAUAGAGAAGUGUUCUAAAACAGUAUGUCCGUUGGUGAAAGCCACGAUUUGCGUGAAAGUAAAGGACCAUAAUACUCCAAGGCGUUAUGUAAUGAUGUCUAAAUGCGAGCUGAAGCUUAUUAAAUGUUAUGGAGAUGUAAAUACAACAGUUGUACCUGGAAAGUACUGCAAUGCACUUAGGCAAGGGGACAUCUCACCUGGAAAGGAAGAAGAUCCUGUUAAUGAUUCCAGCCCUUCCGAGAUACUGCAAGGAGAUAGCCCUGUAGAUCAGGAAGAUCCUGUUAAUGACUCCGGUCCUCCCGAAAUACUGCAAAAACAGGAUCGCUUAGAUCAGGAAGACUCUGUUAAUGAUUCCAGCCCUGUAGAUCAGGAAGAACCUGGUAUGGAUUCCGAUACUCCUGGGACAUCGAAAGAAGAAGACCAUGUAGGUCAGGAAGAAGUUGCUCAUGAACCUGAUAACGAUGAGGUACCGCAAGUAGAAGGUGAUAACGAUAGUGACAAAGAGAAGUUACAAAGUGAAGAGCGUUUAGGGGAUGACCAAUCCGGAGCCAACUGUCCUCAGAAGUGCCUAAAUCGCCGCGUGAUGGUGUGUGCGCGCUGUCCUCACGGCAUCUAUCGCACGUUCAUAAGCAGCUGCUUCAUGAGGAUGUAUCAGUGCCAGCAUCCUAAUGAAAAGCUGGAACUAGUAUCACGGCACGCUUGCACAGGCUCAGCGCCAUAUAUGGGCGAGAUGCCGAAGCCGGUGGGGGAAAGCGCGGAGCCUCUCGAUGUUGAUCCCGUCCUUAAUCAUAUUUACCACAGAUUGGGCGUAGAAAAAUAAGUCUGCUUACUGUUUUAUGACAUUAAAAUAUUUCAAUAUUG